UGCCCCACCCCCAUCACCGCCCCGUCCCCACCCGCAAAAACAGCAGAGGCACUAGAACCUUCUUUGCCGCUGGCCUGGAUCGUAGUGGGCCGUACACCGGGGAAUCACUUUCUGGAAGGGACUGAGGAUUACAUUCAUAUAAGAAUCCAGCAACGGAACGGCAGAAAGACACUGACUACUGUCCAGGGCAUCGCAGAUGAUUAUGACAAAAAGAAACUUGUGAAAGCUUUCAAAAAGAAAUUCGCCUGUAAUGGUACUGUGAUUGAGCAUCCUGAGUACGGAGAGGUUAUUCAGCUUCAAGGUGACCAAAGAAAAAACAUUUGCCAGUUUCUCCUGGAGGUUGGCAUUGUCAAGGAGGAACAGCUUAAGGUUCAUGGAUUCUAAAACGAACCCGAAGACGUGGAGAAUUUCUUGAAUGAUUUUGUCCUCUAAACCCAGUGUGGCUGCCUCGUGAAAUGACUCUCUGCAGUAAACGGACUUUUCAUGUAUUUAAUCGUUCAAACUCCCAUUCACACGUGCAUGAUUACAGAAAACAUGGGGUAUGUAGGCUAGUAACACACAAGAAAAUUGCAGUAAGAUGGUAACGAAACCCCGUAUUCAUCUUAACAUGUUUCCAAUGGAAAAUAUUUUGUUUUGAGUGUUUAUUUGUUUAUUGUUCAGCUUUUUUUCACCUGAUUAAAUGCUUUUUUGUUGUAUUAAACCAUGUAUGUUGCAGCUUGACAAUAAAGAAACAUCUCUGAAUCCUUC